AUGGCCGCCGCGCCGCCCCCCACGGACGAGGCGCGCGGCGCCGAAACAACAACACCGCCGGCCCUCGACCCGAACUCUCCCGAGGCGCAGUCGGCCGAGCUCUUGAACGCGGUCGUCGGCCAGAUCUUCUCGACGCGGCGGCCGCGCGACGUCUGCGCCGGCGCCGCGUCGGCCUUCAAGAGCGUGGCCAAGGGCUUUGCGUUAGGAGUGGCUACGUUGAUCGCGGCGCCGGCCGCCGCGGCGUACAACCAACCCCCCGAAGAGGAGCAGCAGCCGCAACCACAACAGACGCAACUACAGAGACUAGGAACGAUGGCCGGGGCCGUCGGCGCGGGCAUCGCCGGUGCCGUGUUGUUACCGCUCGCGGGCGCCGUCGUCGGCUUCGUGCAAGUCGUGCGAGGCGCCUGGAACACGCCUUCAGCAGUAUACCACUGCGUGACGGGCGACCAGGUCUGGGACGCCGAGGAGCGAGAGUGGAAGGACAAGGAGCGCUACGUUCUGGCCGAGGAGGCCGCGAGGGUCCGCGCCGAGGCCGAGGCCGAAGGUGUGGACGUGCCCGCGGCGCUGCUGAUGAGUGGCUCGUCCACUACGUCUACGAGCUCGACACCAGCAAGGCGACCGUCGCGCAAGGUCGCUUCAUUAGAAUACUACGACUUGCUGCAGAUCGAGCCGAAUGCCAACGAGGCGCAGAUAAAAAAAGCGUACUAUCGGCAGGCGCGGAACUGCCACCCGGAUAAAUGUGGGGACGACCCCGACGCGGCCGCUGCGUUUCAGAAAUUGAGUCAUGCCUAUCGAGUGCUGUCUGAUGUACAGCUCCGGGCCGCGUACGACCGCGACGGCGCCGACGCGACGCAAGACGUCGGCUUCGAAUACGACCCCGCCGUCUUCUUCGGGGCGCUGUUCGGCUCGCAGCGCUUCGAGCCCUUCGUCGGGGAGUUAGCAUUGGCGCAGAUCUCGGCGACACUCACGAAACGAGGAGGGGCUGCUGAUGCGGCAGCUAGAGCGAUGCGCCAGAACCGCCAGUCGCAGCAGGUCGACGACGAAAUGUCGAAAGCUAUUGGUUUAGGGCUCAAAGAAGUGAGGUCCCAUGGGGACGUGAAGCAGCGAGGCCGGGAAGUGGCCCUCGCGACGACGCUCGCCGCUUCGAUACAGUCUUUCGUGGAUGGGGACGAAGCUUCAUUUUCUGCUUGGUGCGUGAACGAGGCCCACGAUUUGGCCGUUGCCGAUCAUGAGGGCUUGACGCGGGGCGCUUUGGUGCUGGCCUUAGCGCGCGGCUACUCGUGUGGAGCGGACGAGUGGCUCGGUUCUGUCGAUACGCCUUUAGGAUUGGGGUCCAUACUCCCAGCGGCCAAACUCGACGCCUUCAAGAACAUGGCCUACGCGUCGGCGGCGCGCGCCGGUGCGAGUGGUUUAUAUGCAGCAAAGCAGCUGGCGGACGCGUCCGAGAAGGCCCAGAAACGGUCUCAGCAGUCGGAGCCGGAGCCGGCAUCUCGCGAGGACUUGCUGGAGCUGUCCAUCUCUCAACUCAAAAAGCUCGCGCGCGAGAAUGAUGUAGAUGUUUCGAUGUGCUUGGAGAAGGCGCAUAUUGUGGACGCGCUGGUCCUCGUGAAAGUGCCCUUGCCCGCGGACCACCCGAAGCGCAUCGCGAAUACACCGAAAUCACCGGAGGAGGAGAUGAAGGCGAAGAUGCCCGUGUUUUUGGACGCCAUGCUUCGGGUUUCAUUGGUGGACGUGUACGAGACGCUGCGGAAGGUCGUGCAUCGGGUUUUGGCGGAUGAAAGUGUUGAUAUGGAUGCGAGACGGCGGCGCGCGGCUGCUUUAAAGUUGUUCGCGGACGCCCUGCACGCGGCUUCAUCGGAGGUCUCUUCGGACAUAGCUACGGAUGUCGAGCCCGAGAAGCGCUUCGAGCACGCGAUGAACGUGACGAUGGCGGCGGCCAUGGGCCAGGAGAUGAGCGAGGGGCACGGUGAUUCUAUGCCCCCGACGGUGUAAAUUUACUUCUUGCAAGCUUAGCCCUAUAGCGCGGCGAGCCCUGUGCGCGCCUCCUCGGCGGCGAGUUUCAUUCGUGCUUUCGCAAGCAUGUUCUCGCUCUCCAAUGUCUGCGGAUUGUUUUUGCCCAAGACGCGGCGCAACGUUUGUGCGCAGUCCUCCAUCGUUUUGACGGCAAGCCGCAUGUCGUCGAGAGUAGCGUCGCUGCUGUUGAGUAGCGCAACCGCGUGACUUCCGCGAAAGCACAAAGUCAGACCAUGCUCAGACCCAAGGGCACGCUCUGCUUCGGGAAUUCUUUCCCGCGCAAACUCUUUACAUUCGUCGAAAAGCCCGAGCCCGCACAUCUGGUUUGCGAGGCCAAAAGCAGUGAUGAAAAUUGACUCAGGCGGCAGCCACUUGGAUAAAGCACGUUUCCCGUCAUAGAUCUUGCGUCCCAUGUCUAGAGCUUCUUUGUGUCGCCCGAGUUCGCUGAGACAUCCGGCUAUGUUGCCGGCGCCUGCUGGAGUACCUCCGGCACGACGCGAGCGAGGCCGACGUCGCAGUCGCGUUCGCGGGCGGCGGCGCCGCGGCGCUGCUCCGCCGUGUCGAGGACUGCGCGGCGGCGGCGGCGCGCAGGGUGCCGGAGGCGGCGGCGUCCCUGGCGUCGGCGGUCGCGUGCGUGCGCGCGCUGGUCGAGCGCGGCGACGGCCUCGAGCGCUUCGCGCGCGACCCGGCGCUCGCCGCGCGGCUCUCGCGGGCGCUGGACGCGCCGCGCGCCGCCACGCGCGCCGCGGUGCUCGAGCUCCUCGCCGUCGUCGCGGCGCACUCGCCCGCAGGCCACGCGGCCGUCGUCGCGGCGCUCCACUAUUUCCGCGCGGCGACGGGCGAGGGCGCGGCCUUCGAGGGCCUCGUCCAGGCCGUCGGCGACGCGACGGCGGCGACGGCGCUCCGCCGCGACGUGCUGCUCUUCGUCAACACGCUCGUGAACGCCGCGCCCGACCUCGCGGACCGCGCGGAGCUGCGGGCGCAGCUGCACAGCGCCGGCCUGGGCCGCGCCCUGGCGGGCGUCGCCGCGGCCGUGGGCGGCGGCGGCGCCGACGCCGACGCGGCCGCGGCGGAGGAGCUCGAGGCGCAGCUCCGGGUCUACGAGGCCGUGGCCGCCGACGACGCCCAGCGGGUCGCCGCGGCCGCGGGCGCCGAGGGCGAGGCGCUGCGCCUCGACGACGAGGCGGCGCUCCUCAAGGCCUGGACCGCGCGCGCGACGCGACGCGGCGCCGGCAAAGAGGCGCGCGCGCUUGCCCGCUACCUCGCGUGCCUGCCCCUGGACGACGCGCGCGGUCGCGACACGCUCGCGGCGAUCGUACGAGAUGUGCAUCGACGUGCGCUGGGCGCGCGGGACGACUUCGACGCGGGCCUCGACGACAUCCGGCGCGUCGUCGACUGGCGCCGCGCGCUCGACGAGCGGGCGCGCUCGCUCGCCGACGCGACGGCCGCGCUCGACCGCGCGCGCGCGCGCGCCGCGGGCGCGGCGCCGCCCGCCGCCGCGCCGCCGCCCACCGCGCCGCCGCCCACCGCGCCGCCGCCCGCCGCGCCGCCUCCCACCGGCGACGUGGCGCGUUUCGAGCGCAUGCUGCGCGCUGGCGUCCCGCGACCGGCGGUCGAGCACCGCAUGCGGCUCGAGGGCGUCGAUCCGGCUCGGCUCAGCGGCGCGCCCGAACCCGCGCCCGCGCCCGCGCCCGCGCCCACGCCCGCGCCCGCGGCGGGGCCGGCGCUCCGCGCCCUCUUCUGGACCGUCGUGCCCCCCGAGCGCGCGACGGAGACGGUCUGGCGCAACCUCGACGCGGCGUCGGUGCGCGUCGACGCGAGGGCGCUGGCCGCGGCGUUCGCGCGCGCGCCGGCGGGCGGCGCGCGCGCGCGCGCCGAGGGUGGCGGCGGGGCGCCGGCCGCGCCGCUCCGGCUGCUCGACGCCAAGGCGGAGCAGCGCGCGGCGAUCGCGCUCGCGCGCGUGCGGCUUGGCGACGCCGCGAUCGUCGAGGCCGUGCUCGCCUGCGACGCGGACGCGCUGGCGCCGGCGCGGCUCGAGCUCGUGCUGCGCGCGGCGCCGAGCGACGCCGAGGCCGCCGCGGCGCUCGCCGUGGCGCCGGGCGACGCACCGCGGCUCUCGCGCGCGUCGCAGUUUCACCGUGCGCUCGCGGCGCGCGUGCCCGACGCGGCGCGGCGCCUCGAGGGCCUAUCCUUCGCGCAGCGCGUCGAGCAGUCUACGCGGAACCUCAACGACGACUUCCGGGUCCUCGCGCGCGCGUGCGAGCAGAUCGGCCGGAGCGAGCGCCUCGCGCGGCUCCUGGAGCGCGUGCUAGCCCUGGGCAACGCGUUGAAUGCGGGCUCGGCGCGGGGCGGCGCGCGGGGCUUCCUCGUGACCGACCUUCCUCGCGCACCCGACUACACUCGUUGAUUUAUGCACAGAGGACCGACGUGUUUCAGUAGACCCAUGUUUGAAAUAUGAGGAGCUAGGAGAGGAGGU